AUGGACUCUCUUUUUGAAACCAACCUUCCCUUUAGUACGAUACCUAUUCAAUAAUAUGGUCUAAAUUAAUUGACUCACUACUCCAGAAAUCAAUCUCUCCAAAAAUCUGAUUUCUCACCUUAAUAAAUGUUAUUGGAUUUAGGUGAGAUGUGCAAUGUAAGAUAUCUCCUCAUUGAAAAUCUAAAAUAUGGAUGUGAAAUCUCAGUGUUUGUAAGUGAAUUCAAAAAUGGUCCUUUUAUAUCAGUUCAUAAUAAAGAAUUUUUUCCUUAGCAUAAAUAAAGAAGAAUUAAAUUAUCAGCACUUCCAUGCAGAUAUAUCAGAAUCCUAAUCCAUAAAGGAGUGCACAUCUAAACAAAUUAAAUCAAAUUGAUUGGUUCCACAAAUGAAAGGCUAGCAGAAGAGGGAUACUUUAAUGAUUUUAAAUUAUUAGUGACAAAUCCAUCUAGAAUUAUGUAUUGA